AUGUUGCUAUCUCGCUUCAACGAAGCUGGCGCUGAGCCUGCAGUUAAAGCCUUGUGUCGUAAGGUCGAUAUAAAGAAAGAUGUGGAAACUGACGUGAAAGAUUCUCGUUCGGUUGAAACUAAUGACGCAAAAGCUCAGACCAUUGUUGCGGUUGGGAGAGUCAAUGAUAGCAGCGACGUCACAUUCUACCAUGCUCUCAUUGCUUCUUUCUCAGUGAUUGUUGUGUCGGAACUAGGGGACAAAACUUGGUUUAUUGCAGCGAUUAUGGCAAUGAGACAUUCCAGGCUAACAAUAUUUUUUGGGGCUAUGAGUGCUCUUGGUUUAAUGACCAUUUUGUCAGCCCUUCUUGGAUAUGCGACACAGGUUAUUCCACGAGCCUUAACUUACUAUAUCUCAACGGGAUUAUUUGCUUUGUUUGGCAUAAAAAUGCUAUACGAAGGAUAUCACAUGUCUAGCAAUGAAGGCCAUGAAGUUUAUGAGGAGUCAAAUGCUGAGAUACAGAAGAAACAGUUACUGCGUGAUACAGAUGCAGUUUCAGAUAUUGAAAGCGGUAGGAAAGCUGAAAGCAAAAGUAAAACAAUGGCACUCCUGAGUUUCGUUUCAAUUUUGUUCCUGGAAGCAUUUACAUUAACAUUUCUCGCUGAGUGGGGCGAUCGUAGUCAGCUUACAACAAUUAUUCUCGCAGCUCGAGAGAAUGUUUAUGGCGUAAUAUUAGGUGGUAUCACAGGUCAUGCAUUAUGUACAGGAAUUGCAGUUAUAGGAGGAAAGUUAAUAGCAACAAGAAUAUCCGUCAGAACAGUUACUUUAAUUGGUGGCGUCGUUUUUAUCGUCUUUGCCUUAUCAGCCUUCUUCAUCAAUCCUCAGUGA